AAAUGCAAUCAAGAACUAAUCUGAAACAACAGCAAAUUCAAAAUGAUUAAUUUCUUAGUGGUGGGUGGUAAGUACUACAAUCGAAUAUUCAUUAAAAAACUGAGCAAAUUACAAAUGUGAAAAUAUUAUAACUUUGAAUAGUCCUUUGAAUAUUAAAAGUGAAUUUUAAAAAUGAAUUAUCUAUUGAUACCCGCUUGCACUUGGUGUUUGUUUUGGAGAUCUUAUUACCCAACUAUAAACUGAAAGUUCAACAUUCACAUGCAUUGUAUGUUUAAGCUUUGAUCUUUCCGGUUAUAUAUAUGUGGAUAAAGAACCUCUUUUGCAGCUUUAUGGGAUAAAUCUGCAGUGAAUACGUUGGCUUCUAUUACAAGAAAAUUACAACUUUGAAGAAAAUUGGUCAACAAUGAAUACGUUGGCGUCAAUUAAUAUGAAAGAGAGAGAGAGAUGCGUUUUCACUUGGCGGUGGGAGAUGUGUGAUUCUCUGAUCUGGUCCCUACUUCUUGAUUCAUUCGGUAACCUAAACCUUCUACAGCCAAGAAGAUACUAAUAAGGAAGAAAACUACUUAAUUAUAACAACUAGUACAUUAAAAUGGAAAAAAAAUUAUUUAUUCGUCUCACGACUUUUAAGUUUUAACUAAAAACAAGUCGUCGAAUAACUCAAAUAAAUUACAUUUGGAAACUUUCUAUAUUUUACAUGCUUUCUAGAAAUCUACGACAUUUUAAAUUUAAAUAAUGGCAUAGUACUAAUUGAAAACAAAUCAUAUAUGUCUAAUAGAACAUUCUUACGUUUUGGAUACUCUAUAUGAUGCAACAAUUUCAAUUUUUUGUCCGGGUAUUUGAGUCUUGCGGUGUCAAGAUCGCAUUCCUCAAGCGUACAAGUUAUGUUAAGAUUUAAGAACCGUACGUUGUUUGAUACAUUCAAGUUGAAAAAACUGCUAAAAACUUUUAUUUUUCUUGAAAAACGUGAAAUUUUGUGUAGUGUGGUUACAGUUUUCUUAGUGAAAGAGAAUAUGCAUGCAUGAUAUCAUCUACCUGAAUACUUUUAGUAUGAAACAUAGUAAAGAGAGAAAGAAAACCGAGGAAGUCAUCCAAAAAUUGGGAGGCCUACUCUCAACUACCAAAAUAACACAUUAGUGUUUGUUGUGUUAGGUCGUUUAGUCAGUCACCUAACCCUAACUAAAUGAAAUACGUUAAAACUCAAAUAUAUAUAAAAAUAAAGAAAUACUAUUAGUCAAUAAGACUCUUUAUUUUUUUAACAACUAAAAAAAUCUAUCGUGCAAUCAAGACCGUCCAUGUAUAUUCUCUCUUUCACAUUAUUCUCAAGUUUUUCCCUAAAGACGAGAAGAUUUUUUAUGAGCUUGCGGGUCCCUUAAUAAUACUCAUCAAUUUCCCCAUAUAUAUCUCAUGAGUCAUGAGUUCGACUUCAUAACAUUCAACUCGACCUCAUAUCAUUCAACACCAAUUACUACUUUCUCUAUUCGGAUCAAAAAAUGGUUGCGGAAAACAACAACAAGGAAGUGACACUCUCUGCCUCAGUGGAGAAAAACAACAUGAAAGAACCAAACAUUCAUCUCGAGGUUCUUCAAAAGGAACCAGCUGCUUUGGUCAAACCCGAAUCCGAGACACCAAAGGGUCUUUACUUCUUGUCCAAUCUUGACCAGAACAUCGCCGUGAUCGUCCGUACAAUCUACUGUUUCAAAUCUGAGGAGAGAGGGAACGAGGAAGCAGUACAAGUGAUCAAGAAAGCCCUGAGUCAAGUACUUGUUCAUUACUAUCCUCUUGCUGGACGCCUCACCAUAAGUCCUGAAGGUAAACUCACUGUGGACUGUACUGAAGAAGGAGUUGUGUUUGUGGAAGCUGAAGCAAACUGUAAGAUGGAUGAGAUUGGUGACAUCACCAAACCAGACCCUGAAACAUUAGGGAAACUUGUCUAUGAUGUUGUAGAAGCCAAGAAUAUUCUUGAAGUCCCUCCUGUUACUGCUCAGGUGACUAAAUUCAAGUGUGGAGGGUUUGUUCUUGGACUAUGUAUGAACCAUUGUAUGUUCGACGGUAUUGGAGCUAUGGAGUUCGUUAACUCAUGGGGUCAAGCCGCUAGAGGCUUACCAUUAACAACUCCUCCUUUCUCGGACAGAACCAUUCUCACCGCUAGAAACCCUCCAAAGAUCGAGAACCUUCACCAAGAAUUCGAAGAGAUCGAAGAUAAGUCGAACAUCAACUCUCUUUACAGCAAAGAGCCAACUCUCCAUAGAUCCUUCUGCUUUGAUCCCGAGAAAAUCAAGAAACUUAAGCUCCAAGCAACAGAGAACAGUGAAUCUCUCCUAGGUAACUCCUGCACGACUUUCGAAGCUUUGUCUGCGUUUGUGUGGAGAGCAAGAACCAAGUCGCUGAAGAUGUUGAAUGAUCAGAAAACGAAGCUUCUCUUCGCCGUCGACGGUAGAGCCAAGUUUGAGCCUCCACUUCCCAAAGGGUAUUUUGGGAAUGGAAUUGUUCUCACAAACUCGAUCUGUGAAGCUGGAGAGCUAACCGAGAAACCGUUGAGUUUCGCUGUUGGAUUGGUAAGAGAGGCGAUUAAGAUGGUAACUGAUGGAUACAUGAGAUCUGCCAUUGAUUACUUUGAAGUAACAAGAGCGAGACCAUCUCUUUCUUCGACUCUUCUGAUCACUACAUGGUCGAGAUUAGGUUUUCACACCACAGACUUCGGUUGGGGAGAACCGGUUUUGUCCGGUCCAGUGGCUUUGCCUGAGAAAGAAGUGACUCUGUUCUUGUCUCAUGGAGAAGAGAGGAGAAGCAUCAAUGUGCUUCUUGGUCUUCCUGCUUCAGCUAUGGAUGUGUUUCAAGAACUGUUUUUACAGAUAUGAUGUUGAACACAAAAGACAAAAGAAGAAAAAUAUCUGGCAAUUAUUGUCAUAAACUAUUUGUUUUCUCUGUUUUUUAUUUUAGUUUUUGAUUUCUGCUGAAUUAUUAUUAUUAUUAUUAUUAUUAUUGUUAUCUUCGUCUUGAACUUGUUUGUAUCCUGAAUAAAAAAUUUAAACCAGAAAUUUAUAUAACUCCAACUAUAUUGUAAUUUAA